GGAAGGCGAGAACUGGCGUCUUGCGGCGGGUGUGGAGGUACUGCGGGCCGGAGCGUGUGUUGAAACCAUGUUAGCCCAGGCAGUGGCAUCAGGUGUGCUGAGCCUGCUUCGAUGUAGGGCAGGAGGCCCCUUGUGUAGCUCCCAGUUAACCUGCUAUGUUCAAGGUCGAGAGAACCACUGGCAGUCUUCACUUCUGGCACUUGGGGCAGCUCUACCCAUGAGAGCAGAACCCAGGAAGAAAAAAAAAGUGGAUCCGAGAAGAGAUCAGGCCAUGAAGGAUCGGAUGAGGAAGAAGUUAAAAAAACUGGAAAAAGCCCCACAGGAGCUGAUCCCUAUUGAAGAUUUCAUUACACCAUUCAAAUAUAUGGACGAAAAAAGGGUACGAGCCACCUCCCCCUUGUCCUUCGAGGAGAGCGAAAGGCGAGCCCUCCUGAUGAAGAAGUGGAGCGUAUACAAACAACAGCAGCGCGAGGCGGAGAUGGAAACCAUCCAGUCCCUGCUGAAAGCCCAGGAGAAGGCCUUGAAUGAGCUGCGUCUUGAAUCGGAGGAACUGUACCAGGCAGCGAUCCAACGAGACGACAGCCUGUUUCCUUUUGAGAGAGAGGAACCUAUGCACACGCCCCCGCUGCCCAAAUACGAGGCUCCUGAAGGAAAAUGCAAUGACGUCACCAGAGUGUAUACACAAUGAUGGGGGAACGGUUGCCGUGUGACUGCUGGGAGAUGCUUCGUUCAGUAAAUGCAAGCCCCGUAGGGUAAAUCUGGUUCUGAAGUCCCACUUGCAGAUGGCCGUUUGUCAGUCCAUUGUGCAGACAAACUCUACUCAACAAGAAUAAAUCCGACUUUUGAAU